UCCGCCCCGGCGCGGGUCCGGUUCUCGCGCGCGGCCAGGUGGCUCUGCCGCUGCUCGGAGCCCGGCGCUCGUCGUCGCAAUUGGGUUUACAUCUGCUCCGCGAAGGCGGCGAGGGGAGGCGGACGAGGCGGGAGAGCGCAACCAGCCGGUUGGGGUGUGCGGCUUCAGCCGCAGCUGGCUGCUCGGGGGAGAAGCCCCGCCAGGGAUCCGGGGAGCGGCGGGCGCGGGAUGGAGUGAGAGCCAGCGCUGUGCCGGGUGGGGGCGGCGGAGAAGACGGACAGGCGGACGAGCCGGCCCGGGCUGCCGCUCUGGGAUCCCACUGGACGGGCCCGUCGUUCGGCAGAAAUGGAUUCUCUACCAAGGCUGCCCAGCGUUUGGACUUUGCUGUUCUCCGGCUUCUGGCAUUUAGGAUUAACAGCUACCAAUUACAACUGUGAUGAUCCACUAGCAUCACUGCUCUCUCCAAUGGCUUUUUCCAGCUCCUCAGACCUCACUGGUACUCCCAGUCCAGCUCAGCUCAACUGGAGAGUUGGAACUGGUGGUUGGUCCCCAGCAAAUUCCAAUGCUCAACAGUGGCUCCAGAUGGACCUGGGGAACAGAGUAGAGAUUACAGCGGUGGCCACGCAGGGAAGAUAUGGAAGCUCUGACUGGGUGACAAGCUACAGCCUGAUGUUCAGUGACACAGGACGCAAUUGGAAGCAGUACAAGCAAGAAGACAGCAUCUGGACCUUCGCAGGCAACAUGAAUGCUGACAGUGUGGUGCAUCACAAGCUGCUGCACUCAGUGAGGGCCCGCUUUGUUCGCUUCGUGCCCCUGGAGUGGAAUCCUAGUGGCAAGAUCGGCAUGCGGGUGGAGGUGUAUGGAUGUUCCUACAAAUCUGACGUUGCUGACUUUGAUGGCCGAAGCUCGCUUUUGUAUAGGUUCAAUCAGAAGCUGAUGAGCACUCUCAAAGAUGUGAUCUCCCUAAAGUUCAAGAGCAUGCAAGCCGAUGGGGUCUUGUUCCAUGGAGAAGGUCAACGUGGAGACCACAUCACCUUGGAGCUCCAGAAGGGGAGGCUUACCUUGUACCUAAAUUUGGAUGACAGCAAAGCGCGGCUCAGCAGCAGCCCACCCUCAGCCACCCUGGGCAGCCUUCUGGACGACCAGCACUGGCACUCGGUGCUCAUCGAGCGCGUGGGCAAGCAGGUGAACUUCACCGUGGACAAACACACGCAGCACUUCCGGACCAAGGGCGAGGCAGAUGCCCUGGACAUUGAUUAUGAGCUUAGUUUUGGAGGAAUUCCAGUACCAGGCAAACCUGGGACCUUUUUAAAGAAAAACUUCCAUGGAUGUAUUGAAAACCUAUACUACAAUGGUGUAAACAUAAUUGACCUAGCUAAAAGACGGAAGCAUCAGAUCUACACUGUGGGCAAUGUCACUUUUUCCUGCUCAGAACCACAAAUUGUUCCCAUCACAUUUGUCAACUCCAGCAGCAGUUAUUUGCUGCUGCCCGGCACCCCCCAAAUUGAUGGGCUCUCAGUGAGCUUCCAGUUUCGAACAUGGAACAAGGAUGGUCUGCUUCUGUCCACAGAGCUGUCUGAAGGCUCAGGAACCCUGCUGCUGAGCCUGGAAGCUGGAGUCCUGAGACUUGUGAUUCAGAAAAUGACAGAACACCCAGCCGAAAUCCUCACAGGCAGCAGCUUGAAUGAUGGCUUGUGGCACUUGGUUAGCAUCAAUGCCAGAAGGAGCCGCAUCACUCUCACGCUGGAUAAUGAGGCAGCAUCCCCAGCUCCGGACACUACCCGGGUACAGAUUUAUUCUGGAAGUGACUACUACUUUGGAGGGUGCCCUGACAAUCUCACCGAUUCCCAAUGUUUAAAUCCCAUUAAGGCUUUCCAAGGCUGCAUGAGGCUCAUCUUUAUUGAUAACCAGCCCAAGGAUCUCAUUUCAGUUCAGCAAGGUUCCCUGGGGAAUUUUAGUGAUUUACACAUUGAUCUGUGUAGCAUCAAAGACAGGUGUUUACCAAACUAUUGUGAACAUGGUGGAAGCUGCUCCCAGUCCUGGACGACCUUCUACUGCAAUUGCAGUGACACAGGUUACACUGGUGCCACCUGCCAUAACUCCAUCUACGAACAAUCCUGUGAGGUCUACAGGCAUCAAGGGAACACGGCUGGGUUCUUCUACGUGGACUCCGAUGGCAGUGGGCCCCUGGGACCUCUGCAAGUAUACUGCAAUAUUACUGAAGACAAGAUCUGGGUGUCAGUGGAGCACAACAACACAGAGCUGACCCGUGUGCAGGGUGCCAACCCUCAGAAGCCCUACAUGAUGACCUUGGACUACGGCAGCAGCAUGGAGCAGCUGGAGGCCCUGAUCGACAGCUCAGAACACUGUGAGCAGGAGGUGGCCUACCACUGCAAGAGAUCUCACCUGCUCAACACACCUGAUGGACCCCCAUUUACCUGGUGGAUCGGGAGGUCUAAUGAGAAGCACCUUUACUGGGGAGGAUCUCUUCCUGGGGUUCAGCAGUGUGCAUGUGGCCUGGAGGAGAGCUGUCUGGACAUUCGCUACUUCUGCAACUGUGAUGCUGACAAGGAUGAAUGGACAAAUGAUACUGGCUUUCUUUCCUUCAAAGACCACUUGCCUGUCACUCAGAUAGUUAUCACCGAUACCAACAGAUCAAACUCAGAAGCUGCUUGGAGAAUUGGUCCCUUGCGUUGCUAUGGUGACCGACACUUCUGGAAUGCUGUCUCAUUUUAUACAGAAGCCUCUUAUCUCCACUUUCCUACCUUCCAUGCGGAAUUCAGUGCCGACAUUUCCUUCUUUUUUAAAACCACCGCUUUAUCUGGAGUUUUCCUAGAAAACCUGGGCAUUAAAGACUUCAUCCGACUUGAAAUAAGCUCUCCUUCUGAGGUCAUGUUUGCCAUUGAUGUUGGGAAUGGCCCUGUAGAGCUUGUGGUCCAAUCUCCUUCUCCUCUGAAUGACGACCAGUGGCAUUAUGUCCGGGCUGAGAGGAGCCUCAAAGAGAUCUCUCUCCAAGUGGACAGCCUUCCUCAGAACACCAGGGAGACCUCAGAGGAUGGCCACUUCCGCCUACAGCUCAACAGCCAGCUGUUUGUAGGGGGAACAUCAUCAAGACAGAAAGGCUUCCUUGGAUGCAUCCGCUCCCUACUCUUGAAUGGACAAAAACUGGACCUGGAGGAGAGAGCAAGAGUCACCUCUGGAGUCAGGCCAGGCUGCCCAGGGCACUGCAGCAGCUAUGGCAGUAACUGCCACAACGGGGGCAAGUGUGUGGAGAAGCACAGAAGCUACUCAUGUGACUGCACCCACUCUCCAUAUGAAGGGCCCUUUUGCCAAAAAGAGGUUUCAGCUGUGUUUGAGGCUGGCACAUCUGUGACGUACACGUUUCAAGAGCCCUACCCUGUGACCAAGAACACUAGCUCCUCCUCUUCAGCUAUUUACACAGAUGCAGCUCCAUCCAAGGAGAACAUAGUGCUCAGCUUUGUGACAGCUCAGGCACCCAGCCUUUUGCUCUUCAUCAAUUCUUCUUCUCAAGACUUCCUGGCUGUCCUGCUCUGCAGGAAUGGAAGUUUACAAGUUCGCUAUCAGUUAAGCAAGGAUGAAACCCAUAUUUUCACCAUUGAUGUAGAGAACUUUGCCAACAGAAGGAUGCACCAUUUGCGGAUUAACCGAGAAGGAAGAGAGUUUACCAUUCAGAUGGACCAGCAACUCCGGCUAAGUUAUAACUUCUCACCUGAAGUCGAGUUCAGGACCAUAAGAUCGCUCAUCCUGGGCAAAGUCACAGAGAAUAUUGGAUUGGAUUCUGAAAUUGCUAAAGCAAACACCGUGGGCUUUGUUGGAUGUCUAUCUUCAGUCCAGUACAAUCACAUAGCACCGCUGAAGGCAGCCCUGCGUCAUGCCAACAUUGCACCUGUGACUGUACAUGGGACCUUGAAAGAAUCCAGCUGUGGCUUCAUGGUGGAUUCAGAUGUGGAUGCUGUGACCACUGUACAUUCUUCAUCAGAUCCCUUUGGGAAAACAGAUGAGCGGGAACCACUCACCAACGCAGUUCGAAGCGAUUCUGCAGUCAUUGGAGGAGUGAUAGCAGUGGUGAUCUUCAUCACCUUCUGCAUAGUUGGGAUCAUGAUCCGCUUCCUGUACCAGCAUAAGCAGUCCCCUCGCACUAACCAGAUGAAGGAGAAGGAGUACCCUGAGAACUUGGACAGCUCCUUCAGGAACGAUAUUGACUUGCAAAACACAGUGAGCGAGUGCAAAAGAGAAUAUUUCAUCUGAGAAACUGCAGGGCCACCCAAUAAUCAUUUUGUAGUUGUUAACUUUUUCUCCCUCUCUCUCUCCUGUAUUUUAAUUUUUUUGUUCUCUUUCUCUUAAUUGCUUGUCAUUUGUUUUUUGGAACAUAUCUGCAUCUGCUACAGCAUCGAUCCACUUGACCCAGCUCAGGAGACCAGGCAGCUAUGGCCACUCCUUCCUCUCUGACACAUCCACCUCAGUGAAAAUUAUCAUGCAAGGCACAGACUUUACUGUUCUAGACAAGGAAGAGACACAUGUGUGCACAUUGGCAUGUUUAGCCUUAUGUUCCAGUUUCUGAAAUUCACUCUGUUUUUCAGUCACUGUCUCGCAGUCUUACUUUGAACUUGAGUUUUGUGAUAUAGGCAUUUAACAGUCAUCCCUGAUAUCCCCCCGUGUCUCAAGUCCAUUUGUACCAGGAAACCCAGGGUGACAGAUACAUACCCUUCAGGCCUGGUUGGCUUCGAUGGUAUUUUAUGAAGCACAAGACAGGUGUGUUUGUUUUGGUUUCAUCUCCUUACCACAAGUGGUCCUUUGCCCCAUUCAUCACCCUUUUUUUUAAACUAUUACUUUCACCCUCUGGAUAUUUUCAAAUAUAGGCUUGCAAAUAGUAGUGAGCAGCUACUUUGCGCCUUUCUGUCUUCUGGGGCUAACACUGUAGACCAGCACACAAUAGCAUCAACCUAGAGGAAGAAUUGAAUAGUAGCUUGAAAAUAGGAGGUAAAGAAAGCUGCUAGGAAGUAGAUGUUUUUUAACUUCUUGAGAUUAUUAUACUGAGAUAAAAAUAAGUAUAGAUAUACACUUGUAAGUUAUGCAGGAUAAAGAAUUUAAAUAAAAAUCUAAAAUAGUAUCUGGUUCCAUGAAAAAUCUUAAAUCCCCUGAACUCAGCUUAUAAAAAAAAAAACUUCAUGAAAGAAGAGAAAUACUAAACAAAAUUCUUCCCUUUGAUCCAGUCACAAAAGAUUUGAUACAGAAAGUGAGUGCAGAUUUUUAGGCUUCAUGAUUUAGAACAGAUAUGAUGAGCCAACUUCUGACAAUGGAGCUGUUGUCCAGAGGUUUAGGAUACACUGACAUAUGUAGCAUUGUGGUCACCUCCAUCUGACCCACUGCUUGAUUUUAGAGAAGCCCUUAGAUUCUGAAGCACAUCGCCUUUUCAAAUCUGUUACAUGUAAGUGUGUAAUAGUAGCCCUUUUACACACAGUUUUUGUUAGACUUACUUUCCCAGAUGAGGUGGUGACAAAGCUCAGGCUCUUUGCCCUCUAUAACAAAACCAUGGGAUUCACUGCUUCAAAAGGCCUCACUGCUUAUCUAUGGGUGGUAGCAGGAACUCGGAUGAUUUUGCUGUAGCAUAAGCCUAACUUUCUUCCUCUCCACCUUGGAAAAAAAAAAGACCAGAGGAAAACAAUAUAAAUGUCAACAGAAUGAUCAACAGGUGUGGAAAGUACUUAUUGUUGCUCUUUACAAGGUAGAUUUGAUUUGCAAGACAGUUACCACAUCACUGUUAGCCGGCCUUGACAGCUAACUAGCAGACUGUCCACCUUGUUGUCAACAUGUCUCUGGCCUCUGAUUAACACUCCCCCUAGAUGAGGAGGCUCACAGUGAGAAGCUUACUAGCUGCACUCCAUUUCCAGUCUGCAGCUUUUCUUCCAGCUUCAGAGUUUGUGACAUGAGGAUUGAGUUGGUUAUAGUAUUUCUCAAUUCUGAAAUUUCUAAAUAUAUAUCCUUUCCUUAAAAUUUAGUGUGGAUUCUUAAUCACUCCAUCCUUUAGGAUAUAAUUAUGCUUUUAUAGUAAAUUUAAUUUCAACUGAUUCUAAGGAGAAUCCAUUUUCUAAAUUUUUCUAGCUUUCUAAGACGAAUGAUUGCAUAACAAAGGAAAGCUCUUUAUAUAUGGCAUCCCCUGCCCUUUCUUGCCUUUUCCGAGUUUUCACUGUUGAAUUUCUAUUUCUAUCAAAAGGCUACUAUAAGUCAGCUUUUUGCUUGGCUACAUAUUCCUGUGUCACAUGAAAUAAAAGCCACCAUGACUUGUACUGUGUUUAGCUGGAAGCAUCUCCAUUAAUGUAAUAGAAAGAAAAGUGUGAGGAAUAAAAUUGGAACACUUCCUUAUUCAAGUCUCCAAGAAGCCAUAGCUGUACUUUGCUGACAUGGUGCUGGUAGAAGAAAUGGAGGACUAGGAAAGUAGAUGCUGUCUCAUCUACUUCUAUGCUCUUGGAGAUAUUCUCGUAGGGAGGAGAAUUUAGGGAAGCUACACCCUUCCCAGAUCUGCACCACAGACUGCAGUGGCACCCUUUCAGCAGCCGCAGACUGCAUACACACACUUACUAUGCCUGACACCUAAAGAAGACACGUGUCAGAACACUGCACUCUGCACCUCACCAUUAUAACUAGUCUCAGGGCUAAAUCUGAAUUAUUUUAUACAGGGUUGGAUUAUGUCAUAACCCCUGAAAACACUAUGACUUUUACCAGAUGUUUCUGAAAAGCAAGCAGUCUGCACCCUCCAAAACCAAAAACAUACUUUAAAAUGGGAAAUCAGUGCUAACUAUGCCUGCCUUUCCUCUGAAGUACCAAGAUCUAUUUGGUUUUAUGUAAUUAUUCAAUCGUGUGUUUCAAGAAACUGUAAUCUAAAACUCCACUUUGAGAGCAUUUGAAUCCCUUAGCAACCUUUUUUUACUACGGUAGUCAAGUUUCCUGACUGCAUGUCCCCAGACAUCUAGACCUCCAUAAUCUCCUCCUCUAUAACACUCAGGCUCUGGUAACUGCUAUUUACAAAAAUAUAUUGGAAUAUGAUUGCUUUACAGUAAAACCAAAAAUACCUGUGCAAUUUCACAUUCUAAAGGAGCUAUUUCCUUGAUAUUAGUUCCAUCAAACAAAUCAAUUUAUACUAGUGACAGUGUAUUUAUUUACCCUAAAAUAUAUUUAAUACCAACUAUGUCAUUCAUUGUGUCUAUAGGCUAGCUUGCCAUAAUUUCUGUAAGAAUUCAUCUAGAGAAAUAGAUAUUUGCCAUUUCUCUAGGUAUAUUUUUAUGAAUAGUUUAGCCUCUUCUGUUCACUCUCAACUACACAUUGGAGAUUUAUUUUAAGGAUCCUGGGGCUAAUAUUUUAACAUUUUUUUUCUCUUUACUAAUAACACAGGUGACACUAACUUGACUUUUGCCUUUUGUCACAAUCCUGCCCACCACAGUGAUCAAAAUGAAUAGACUGUUCUUUUCUUUCUGUGCUCCUUCAUCAAAUAUAUAUUGAAUGCCCACCACUCCAAGGGUUGUGCUAGGGAUUGGAUAUACAAAUAGAAACUGCAUCUUGCUCUUGACCCUGAGAAGUUCACAGUUUAACAAGGGAAGCUCAUAUUGUUGUAAUAAUAGUGCACAUAACGUGCUAUGGAACAUAGAGGAAAGAUCCUUGACAGAUGUUUUGUACACUGCUUGCUGGAGACUUCAUGAACCAAUACCUUUCUGGACAUACAUAUAACUUUGUAUUGAAUUUAUUACUCCCACCUGCAAUAAGCUUCUUUGUUUCUUCUCUUCAAAGCAUAUAUCUAUCUAUGAAGAUGGAUUUCUAUAGAAGGAAGUGAAUUGUUUGUUGGAGAAACAAGAAUAAAUAGCCUUUACCUUGAACAUACUUUGAAGGAAGCUGAAUUCUGUAACCUCUGUUUCAGUUCAGUUGGGGAAUUUUAAAAGUCUGGCCUCACAUGUGUCUGAUCCAAGUGAAGACUUGGAAUCCUAUUCGAGGUGCAAAAUAUCAGACUCUACUUCUGCCUCCCCUCUUCUCUUUUCUUAGUUCUUUUCUUGCCCUCACUUAUAUGAUUACCUGCCCUCACUUAUAUGAUUACCUGCCAUCGCCUCUCUAGAUGCUCCUGAAGGGGGCUUGUCGUAGUCCAGCCCUUCCUACAACCCUCCUUCAAUCUGGUGAGCCACCUUAGGGAAAUCUCUGAGCACACAUGAGUCUAUCCUUGAGAAAACAACUGACUAAAAAUGUUGUCCAUUUAAAUGAGACUUUCUUUCUAUGCCUGUUGUGAACCUUUCCAAUCCUGAAAGUCAUGGAUGCCCUCUGUCUGCCCCGCUUUAAUUCCAUUAGAGCAGUUGCACUGGGAAGGUACAAGGUAUCUUCAUCAAGAUAUCCAAGGCUUUUUGAAUCUUUCAUUAGACAAAUCUUUGUCAGUGUAGCCACCAUCUUCCCUGGUUUCUUUUGAAUUUCCCCAGUACUAUAAUCCAUCAAACAUUUAUUGCCAUAGCAUCCUGCCAAGAGGAUUUUAAGGUACCUGUAUGGUUGUGCCAUUCAUUCUUUCUGAAGCUAAAGGCUUGCAUAUAUUUAGUCCUCAAUUGUCCUGCAGGCCAGGUGUGGACUAAAUAAAUAAAUAAGAUCCAUUGUUUCUGCAAAUGGGGUAGGUUAAUGGAAGAAGGUGGAGGAAAUCUCAAAACUUUUGGAAUGCUUAGAGGAUAACGGAGUGCUGUCUCAUGUCCUUCAUGCAUUUUGAAAAUGUUUUCUUUAAAGACACAUAGUGUCUUUAACUGAGUUACUUCUAUACACUAUUCUUGGAUUUUUUCUUAACCUCUACUCUCCACUCACCCACUUUCACUUGUUAAGUGGCUAGUUUUCAGAUUUUAGUUGUUUCUACUUCUCAUCUCCAAAAAACUGUACAAUCUAGAGGGGAAAAGUAACACACACACACACACACACACACACACACACACUGUAAAAAUAAGGCUAUUACCCAAGCAUUCUCCAGGAGUUUACAUACAUAUCUAUUCAGUAUGGAGAGAAACAUUCACAUUUUGUGUUUUGGUUUGAUAGUUAUUUGAAUCCUUCAUAUAAAAUUUUAAUAAUUAUCUGUUUUGGUAUUUUUGAGUGAUUUUUUUCCUCUUAUUUUGUAGUAAGGUAUUCCAAGGAAGUAAGUAAAGGCACAUUUUCCAGUGAAAUAUUGGACUUUGUAUGUUAGUAGUCUUGUCUUUUGUAAGAGACUGAACAGAAAGAAGCAAGGUUUAAGGGAAAAGUUGCUUUGGGUAUUUCAUCCAGACCUGCUAGCAACAUGUCGAGGAGAAAGAGGCAGGCGACUCAUUGCAGCAGUCAUGGCUGUUCACUCCCAGCAUAAAUCAGUGGCGAUUUCUCUUCCCACUUUUCUGUCUCUUAACUCAGGAGUCUCUUUGGCAUUUGGACCCUUGUCUUACACAUGAGGGAAGAGGCAAUAUCAUGGGCUUUAGUUGUGGAAUUUUCUAUUCACUUUGCAUGGUGUUUUUUACUCUUCCAAGCCCUACUCCAACCACAUUUUUUUCAAGAUUUUUAUUUCACCAGGAUUUUUCCAGGGUGCUUCAGGACUAAUAUCACCAAGUAUUCACCAGGUGAAGCACCUAAACAAAGAUUUAAGGAAAAUAAACUAUUAAAACCUCCUUAGGUCCACAACCCUAAAUGAGAGUUGCCCAUGGGGAGAAAUCCUAUGAUCCUGGAAUCAGUCUAAUAGCCUUUCUGCCUCUUCCCUUGGUCCUGCCAUCCAUUGUCAUGUCAUAAUGAUAACAAGAGAUGAUGCCCUCCAGCCUUUACAUUGCAUACUCCAGCCUCCCAACAUAUAACAUCAUCUCGAAACUAGAUAUUUUCCUCAGUUCUUCCCAGUGGCACAGGAAAAUUCUUUCCAAAAUAACAGGAUUAAACUAAGGGAAUAGAUCUAGGUCCUUGACCAAAGGUUACACUAGCUGUAUUAGUGCUUAUAGACUCGUCUUUCACUAGUACCAUACAGAGUAUGGAGAAAAGCUCUGGACAUGCAGAAGGAACAUUCCACUGCCCUGUGGCCUCUUUGAAUGACCUCUGACAGACAGUCACAUUCAGUCCAACUUUUUGGGAUAUGGAUGGGCAUCUGCCUAGUCAUAUUUUUCGUUACAGUCAAGUCCUACUCCAAAGGUUUUACCUGAACCAUUAACAUAGUCUCUUUUCUUUGAAUGGCAGCAUCAAUGUGUAAUCUUAUCCAGCCUUAAAUAUUCUUGCAAAAAAUACCAAACCUUGAUAAAAGUAGAAUCUUCAUAUUGUGAGAGGGAUUUUUUGUUUGGUGAGGCCUGAGAUCAAAAAUUUUCUUCUUCUGAAUUUGGCACGCAUCCUGAUACCCUACGGUGUCUUGAGCAGGCACUUCCCUGGCUGACUAGCCUAGGGCCUGAAGUCGGCUGUGUAUAAAUGAAUGCACAUAGUCACAUUCCAAUAAAACCUGGCUUGUAAGGGCAGGAAAUAAUUCAGAUUUAGUUCUUGGAAUUUAAUUUCUUAGUCCCAAAGGUAGAACAUUAUAAUGUCCAUUUCAAAUGAGAAAUUAAUCUCCCUCUGGCAUGUUUGGGGCCUUCUUUUAUGAAAAGUGAGAGAGCAAGGAAAAUUAAUUCUAAGUAAAUAAUCAACAUGCCCCCAAUAUAACUAUAUAUACAUAUAUAUAAAUGUUAGAAUAUUUAUUAUGGAAAAAGCACAAAAAAGCAAAAUAGAUCGUCUCCUAUGUGGAUCUGCUGGAGUUUCCCUUUGGAUCUUCUAAUUUUUGUUCCUGUAACAGAGACCUAAGUGAUGUUGUCUCAUUCCAAGUCAAUUUUGUAGGUCACAUAACAUGUCUUAAUACACUGUAUGGAAAAAAUUAAAGUUAGUUUUAGAUUUCUUUGUUUUCUAUGGUUAUUGUUGUACAGAAGAAAGACAUAAACUGUAAAUAAUGUAUAUUUAAUAAAGAGAGACUUUUGUAUGAUUUUAUG